AUGGCAUCCUUCAUAAGUUCUGUGAAAUCUUUUCGCCCAGUGUUAUUAAAAUUGUUUUCGUUAAAGUUUGGAAAUGUCCACCACACAAGGACGAUAUCGGCAUUGGUGCAGCUGUCAGAAACGCACGAGAUGUUACGGAAAACCUGCCGUGACUUUGCACAGAACGAACUGAAGCCGAUAGCUGCUCAAAUCGACAGGGACCACCAGUACCCGAAAGAACAGGUGCGUAAGAUGGGAGAGCUCGGACUGUUGGCGAUCGACGUUCCGGAGGAAGAUGGCGGUACGGGACUCGACUACCUCGCAUAUGCCAUCGCCAUGGAGGAGAUCAGUCGUGGAUGCGCAUCUGCCGGUGUUAUAAUGAGUGUGAUGAAUUCACUUUACCUGGGACCGAUCAAGAAGCAUGCAAAUCCAGCACAAAAGGAACAGUUUCUGAGGCCGUUCGUUGGCGGAGAGAGGGUCGGAUGUUUUGCGCUGAGUGAACCAGGAAACGGCAGCGAUGCUGGUGCAGCGUCCACCAUGGCUAAGGACAACCCUGACCACUGGCUUCUGAAUGGCUCAAAGGCUUGGAUCACGAAUGGAUACGAGGCGGAGGGAGUUGUUCUCUUCGCAACAACCGACAAAGCUCUCAAACACAAGGGUAUAAGUGCGUUUCUGGUUCCGAAACCCAUGGCAGGUCUCUCAGUGGGGAAGAAGGAAGACAAAUUGGGCAUCAGGGCUAGCUCGACCACCACUCUGACGUUCGAGGAUUGCAAGCUGCCGAAAGAGAACAUCCUCGGUGAACGCGGAAUGGGCUUCAAAAUUGCAAUGGAAACGUUAGAUGCUGGCAGAAUCGGCAUUGCGUCGCAAGCAUUGGGCAUUGCACAGGCUUCCCUCGAUUGUGCUGUUGACUAUGCAGGAACAAGACAGGCCUUUGGAGCUCCGAUAGCCAAGCUGCAAGCUAUUCAGAUGACAUUAGCGAACAUGGCUGUGGCGCUAGAAUCGGCAAGACUGCUCACUUGGCGUGCAGCUUCUCUGAAGGAUGCUGGGAAGAAAUUUACGAAGGAGGCGGCCAUGGCUAAGCUGGCUGCAUCCAAAGCAGCAACCUUGUUAUUUUGUUCACUUCAUCUUCUGUGCCACUCUCUAAUAGAGCUAGCGUUGAUUCGUCCAUCUCUGAACGUCUAA